AUGGCUCCUAAUCUUCGUUCGCUUCGCUCGUCCUCCCACGCCAGCGCGAAUCAAUCCCGUCCCUCCACCCCGGCCGAUGCGCCUGCGCCUGCGCCUGCAAGCGCGACUCCUUCAUUCUCCGAUUCCGCCAGACCCCGGAAACUGCGUCGCACUGGAUUGAACAGCCAUGUAGCGAGCGACCCUGCGGAGGGACAGGAACCUCCCGAGACCGAGGUCGCGGACAUCGCGAGUGAAGCGCACGUGCUUCGCGAAGCUUCCAACUGGAAAGAGCCCCCGACGCGGGUGCAGCAGACCACCUGGGAAGAAACCACCUGGUCCGGUACCAACAAAGAAUCCAACUCAGUUCUUCGCUCCAUGCGUCCGCUGGGCGAGAUGCCCUCUAUCACCGAACUACGCAAACAAGGGUUUCUGCCCAAGAUCACGGAUCCUAAUGACCCUUACCACAGCAACACUGGCGAGAUGCCCCCGGCAUUGGACGGAGCGAACGAUGUGAACGAAGACAUGACCGGCAUUGCCGACCUCCCCAAGACAGGCGCGAACGAAACUGAGACCGAGCCUGAGCCUGAGAAUAGGCAUGAAGCUGAAUCUCAGGACGUGUCGGAAUCUCAGACUGAGACUGCGCCUGAGCCUGUACCUGAGUCUGUACCCGAGCCUGAAGCCAAGCCUGAGACUGCUCAGCCCCAAAAUCACCUCCUAACGUUUAUGACCAUUCCCAUCUCAGCAUCCACCAUCGUCGAUGUGGAAAGGGUCAGAGAUGCGAUUGGGGACUCUAUGAACGUGUCAUCUGAAUCUGGUAAUAGUAUCGUCGCCCGCGGCCUUCUGCGCAUGUGGGAAAAAAGCCAAUCAGACCCCUUUACGCUGUCCAUCCUCGAGGCUAUGUGCAAAGAGGAACACGACCCAAAUCAGCGACGUGCAUUUAACAUCAUGAUGCGCGCUGUCGGCAAAGAACUACUGGCGGAAGAUGAGGAAUUAGGGGCUGCUGCAUUGCCCCGCAAACGCAAACAUUCUCAUAGCAGUGAUUCAUCACUUUCUUCUGCUAAAUCUCUCGAUGUUGAAACAUUUGCGCCCGGUAUGGCGGCCACCCGAGCCAAAGGCAGACACGCCAAAGCAGCCAACGCCGCGCAACAAGUCGCCGAGCCUCCGAUUCGCCACUCGGCCUUCCCACCAAGAAAUGCACCCCUCCAGCGCAAGCGCGCGUUAGAGCGCAGCGACGAUUUUACCCCAGAGGCCAUGACCACCAAACGAAUUCGUCUACGAAAUCCUGUUCCCCAAUCGGCCACCCCUGUCGAAAGUCGAAUCCGCCCGGUGCCGAACCGCACUGAAUUGCCUCCAAUCCCCGAUUCCCAGGCAUCAACGCCCAGAGAGACCAGUCCUGUCGACGAUGCCGGAGCCCGCAAGCCGCGACCGGAAAGCCCGUCUAGCAGCGAUGCCGAAGGCAACCGGCGUCUGACGCCCACUUUGUCCAGCGGAGACGAACGCGCAGAUAACAACGACUUCUGUCGCGAGUGCGGAGGCAGCGGUCAGCUCCUCUGUUGCGAUGGGUGUGUGAACUCAUUCCACUUCUCUUGUCUCAGUCCUCCCUUGGAUCCGGCGAACCCCCCGGAUGGAGACUGGUAUUGCCCCCGGUGCGCGGCGGCGAAGGGGAUGGACUCGCUGCUCUCCUCGUCUUACGCCACUACUCAAAGGGACUUUGCGUUGCCCAAAGCCCUCCAAGAGCUUUACUAUGGCGUCGGAGCCGACGAAGCCGGACGAUACCAAGAGGUCAUCGCGUUGCCAAGAUACAAGCCUCGCACGGUCAAAGGCAGCCGAGAGGCCCGCUAUGACGACCCCUUUCUCCUGAAAGUCAAGGAUUCGAAAGGCGAAUAUAUUUUUUGCACGUCAUGUGGGCGCACCACUGGAGGGGUGCGUCCCAUCAUCCACUGCGAUUUCUGCCCAUGCGCAUUCCAUCUGGAUUGCCUGGAUCCGCCCCUGGCAAAUCCGCCCAUGCAAAAGCCGGGCAACGGUGACCGGCCACAGGGUACCUGGAUGUGCCCCAACCACAUCCAGCAUGACCUCAACGCCAGUCCUGUGCGCAUACGCCGUCCCAAGAACGCGCGUAGAAUUGACGUGGAGAUCCUGCCCACCGAGAAGGAGAUGGAAGAGCUCGAGGAGCAACACCCCGACGGGAUUCAGCUCCACGUGAAAGAAGAUGGGGUCAAAUUAGAUUUUAUCAACCGGAUCAGGCAGGAGAACGAACAAAGAGAAGCUCGCGAAUCGGUCGCCGCCACCUACACCGAGUAUGCGGCGCGCCGAUUCGACGCCCUCACGGCCGAAGCGCAGGCAUUUUUCGCCUCCAAUCCACCAGUCGUGCCCCCUGAGGCCGCGAGUGGGUUCGACACGCCGCCGCGCACCGCUGCCGAACGGGAGGCGGCAGCCAACCUCAUCGAGUUUGCCCAGAGCAACCCGGAACCAGAGCGCCGCCUCCCAGACCCCGAACGCAUCGCCCUUCUAAUCGACGCCCUGAGAUCCAAUGCCCCCGAAUUCCCCUCCGUUGAUUCGGAGAUCGAGGCGCUGCGCUCUCUACAGUCCUUGAUUGAACGGCGCAUACAAUCGCUCAACCAAGGACAGCACAGUUAG